UCACAGUGUGACACCCGGCGGAUGUAAACUGAGCAGCACGAGGAGAUUUAGUUUCACUACUGUGUGGACUGAGCUAUGAAACGGCUGUAUUAAAGUAUCAGAGAGAAAUAUUAGAGCAUUAAAGUAACGAUGUGUUCAGUUGAGCAUCUGAGAGAGUUGAUCAGGGACAGACUAACUGCUGCUGCUGGAGAAAUAUUCACAGAGUUUGAAAAAACCAUCGUCCAGUACCAGGAGGAGAUCGAUCGUCAGCGCAGACUGCUGGAUGUCAUCUGGAAACCACACAUCCCCUUACAAUCCAUAGAGCUCCCACAGUCUUAUGUCUGUGAGAAUGAGAAGACUCUCAUUGACCAUCAGCCCCAUGACCAGGAGAGAAACUCCAUGGUGCACCAUGAUGACCCAGAACCUCCACUGAUUAAUGACCAACAAGAGGAACUCUGCACCAGUCUGGAGCAAUCAAACCCAGAGAUUUCUCAAAUUAAAAAGGAACAGGAAGAAUUCUGCACCAUUCAGAACAAGUUAAACCCAGAGUGUCCUCAAAUUAAAAAGGAACAGGAGGAACUCUGCUCCAGUCAGGAGGAAGAGCAGCCUCGAUUGAAACAGGAGACUGACACCUUUGCGGUCACGCCUGCUUGUGAGGAAAGUGAUCACAGUGAACCAAAACCAAACAAUGAUCAGCUCCUGUUUCACAUCCCUUGUGCAGCUGAGAGCCCAGAUCAGGAUGGAAGCAAGGAUGUAGACUCAGCAUCAACUAGCUGUGUCAAGCUAAAGUCAAGACAUCACAGUACCAGCAGUCACAGUAAUGAUGUAGACAAUGCUCCAGUGUCAGAGAGACAGUGUGAUAAUGACAAAGCAACAAAAUCUUUAACAUCUGAGAUUUGUGGAAAAGCUUUUAGGUAUAAGUCAGAUUUAAUCACACAUCACAGAACCCACAUGGGUGAGAAACCAUAUUCUUGUGAAACCUGUGGAAAAUGCUUAAGUCACAUAACUGCCCACAUGAGAUGUCACACAGGUGAGAAGCCGUAUGUUUGUAACACCUGUGGAACAAGGUUUUCUGACUCAUCGGCACAUAAUAGGCACACAGCAGUUCGCAAAAUGCGAAAGCCGUAUUCUUGUGGAACCUGUGGAAAAAGCUUUGAUCAACGUUCCCAUUUGACUGCCCACAUGAGAUUUCACACUGGUGAGAAGCCAUAUUCUUGUGGAACCUGUGGAAAAAGCUUCACUCAACGGGCCCAUUUGACUGCCCACAUGAGAUUUCACACAGGUGAGAAGCCAUAUUCUUGUGGAACCUGUGGAAAAGGCUUCAGUCAACGGUGCUCUUUGACUGUCCACUUGAGAUGUCACACAGGUGAGAAGCCGUAUGUUUGUAACACCUGUGGAAAAAGAUUCAGUCAACGGGGCUCUUUGACUGUUCACUUGAAACGUCACACAGGUGAGAAGCCGUAUGUUUGUAACACCUGUGGAAAAAGAUUCAGUCAACGGGGCUCUUUGACUGUCCACUUGAGAUGUCACACAGGUGAGAAGCCAUAUUCUUGUGGAACCUGUGGAAAAAGUUUCCGUCAUACUGCUAGUUUGAAAGUCCACAUGAGAAUCCACACAGGUCAGAAGUCAUGAUCCUGAAACAUCUGUGGAAAACACAAUGUCAGAACUAAGCUUGAUACAACAUGUAAGAAUUGGUACAGGUUUAAAGUAGAAGUUUGAGAUUUAAAGAACCUUUAGUCUGUGCUUCAACAACAAUUAUGAGAACGUGUUUAAGCAGUCCUUGAUGAUUAGACCAGAUGGAGUCUGGACUGUGGUGGUGGUGGAGCAGUCAGAAGAACCAAGCUGAAUAUCUGGAUGGAUAUGGUGUUAGUACAGACUGCUAUAUUUCUGAUAUCAUGACAUCUUUCAUCAACAGAGCAGUGACUUGAGAUAUUAUGAAGCUGUUUGGAACAUUGUCACAUUCUGCUGAGAGAACAUGGCUGUUCAGGUGUGAAUAUACUGCUGGAAUCUACACAGCUUGAGUUCUGUUGUCUUUCAAGUAAAAGGAGGCAACAAGAUACUGAGAUAUUGUGACAGUAGGACACAACAGAGUGUCACUGCAGUAGAGGAGAUCUGAAUGUGAAAUAAAGUUGUAAUAAAAUAUGUGCAGCUCCAUGAUUGCUUCAUGAAAUGUUUUGAAUGUAUUUAAACAUAUGAACAUUUACAAGUUGUUUAAUAAUGAGUGUAACACUGAAGAGCCCCAGCAAGAAUAUCUCUGAGUCAGAUAUCAAAGACACAACCAACAUUAUGUUUUGAAGCAACACACAAGUGGUUUACUAGUAGUAGCUGAUACACCUCUGCAAAUGUUAACACCAGAAAUGUAUAAAACAGGUGAAGCUGUGUUGCAGUUUCUGCUGUUUAAUAAAGGUCUUGUGCUAUUUAUUUAUUCUUUUAUCACCA